GUUGGAAUUAACUUUUCAACUUCUAAAAAAAAAAAAACAAUAUGAACGUAUUACAGUUUCCGAGAUCCCUGUACAAAACAACAAAAAAAAAUCAACCUGUAUAAUUCUGAUACUUCCGUAAUUUUUGAUAAAUUGAAUUACUGCAUGCUGCUAACUAUGAAAAUAACACUCAUUGGGGAUAAACCGUUUUAAAAUUAUUAAAAUAAAAAUGAACACUUUGUAUAGUAAAAAAAUAAUAGGUUAGUUCCAAAUUGACUAGAACCAGUCACAUGAUUAAGAUGCAAUUGUUCAUUGAUUAUAAUCAGUUUCUGAUGACCUAAUAAAAGAUUAACAUUUUUCUACAUGUCAAUGUCUCUAUGAUAAGGAAAAAAUAUGAGCAGCUUAACAGACAUCGAUUCGAAAGAAACGAUCGAUAACCCAGAGGAUAUCACCGAAAAAUUCUACAGAAUCGCCGCUAAGUAUACGUUCAAUACUACCAAACCGAUACCCUAUAAAGAAACCGAUGAUGGUGGAAUAAUCAGUUGUACGGAAGUGUCCGCAGACAGACCACCCAACUUGUUUUUCCUAUUUAAAAGGCAAAAGGGCAAAGCCACCGUACUUAUUUUGGAUAAAGUUAUGUACAGAAAUCUCUUUCUGGAAUCAAACACACUCAAAGUACUGCAGGAAACUUUGGAAGGAUACAAAUACCUGAAGACGUUAAAAUUGGAAUUUUGCGGUCUAACGGGCGAGGAAAUUAGAAUGAUCGAUAAAAUGCUAAAACAAUUCGAUUGUGUCGACGAAAUCAGCGUCAAUGGUAACCCAAACAAGGAUCAGAAUUUCUGCAGGCUGUUGAAACACAAGGUGAAGUGGCUGUCGCUCAAAUUGUGCGGCAUAACUCCCCACGGGGCCAGAAGGAUAUGCAAGGAGCUGCGCCAGCCGGACGAAAACCCCCUGACGCACCUCAACCUGGCCUCGAAUUUGCUCUUCGACGAAGGCGUCGUGUUUAUCGCGAAAAUGCUGAGGAUAAAUAGGAAAAUAAUAUCGUUGAAUUUGGCCGAUAACAAAAUCAGAAAGGAUGGGCUCUUGGAACUGCUGGUGCCUUUGCAGCGAUUCGAACUGACGCAUUUCGAAACGGUAACUAGGAGGUACUUCAAGUUCGAUUACCAGAAAAGAUUAAUUGAACCUUCACAGGCAGAUGAUAGAAGCAACAGGUAUUAUGGAAAGCACAAAAUACAGCGGUUCGGAUCGGAUCCAAAUAAUACUCAAAAACCGCAAACCAUUUUGAAAGGAUCGUUGAAGACGAAAGCGCCGGCAAGAGCAGCAGAACUUCCUCAACACCCUUUCAUACAAGACACUUUCGAAGACAUUGAAAACGUUUAUUGCCUCGGUAACAACAUCCUGAUAAAUUUGAAUUUGUCUUAUAAUAAUCUAAACGACGACGUUGCUCCUAAUAUCAUAGACAUGCUUAAAUAUCAAUUGAAUCAACUGGAUUCGACAGAUUGCAGUAAGAUGGGUUUAAUACGUUUAACGCUUACAGGAAAUAACAUUUCACGAGAUUAUUUGCUUAAAAUUAAGGCGUGCUUACAAGACAAACCCUGCCUGAGCUCAUAAUUUUAAAACAAUUACAGCUUGACGCAAACAUCUACAGGCAUAACCUGCGCAAUUUUAAGUGAUAAAUACAUGGUGGCAACCAUUGCGCAGCUUAUUUUAAUAAGUACAUAACUGUACAAUGUUUUAUAAAUAAUGUAAUACUUGGAAUUAAUAAAGAGAAUUGUAAUUAUUAUAGUGGAAGACGGGUUUUACUAUAUUAAAU